AUGGUGGAGCGACGGCGGCGCAGGCGCCUCUUCCAACGGCGGCGGAGGGAUCACGCUCGCGUAAUGCGGAUUAGUGGUUCUCCGGCUGACGUAGGACAAUCGUCGGGUGGCGCCGGCAAAGGCGGCGAAUCCGGCGGCGGCGGUGGUGGCAAGGGGGAACCCGCAGGCACCGCGUGUUUCCGGCUGCGCGCGGAUCCGACGACUUCGACGAAGGCGGGGGAGAAACAGGGAGAGGGAGAAAAGAGAGUCGCCGUCAUCAUCAUACGGCACAAACCAGCAGCAGCAGAGUUUAGUCCCACGCGCGAUUUUACUGUCGAGAGCCGAGGAGGGAGGAGGAGGAGGACCGACGAUGACGACGAUGAUGACGACACGUGUGGAGAGGGAGCGACUGCUGUGAAGAGUGUGGAGGGGGAUGGAUCCGUGGUGGAUGAGCGUUACACAGACAGUGAACUUUUCUCAGUUACUGUGCUUGAAAUCUGGAAGCGUAGAACAAUGUUGAAAUCGAAGAAGAAACCAGAUGAGCCGUCAGUUGUGAUACCAAAAGCCGACUUAAAGAAACGCUUAACUGCGAUCCAGUACAAGGUCACUCAGGAUAAGGGCACCGAGAGAGCAUUCACGGGUCCGUUUUACAAGUCGAAAGAUCCUGGGAUAUACAGCUGCAUAUGCUGCGGAAAGAAUUUAUUUUCAUCCACGCACAAAUACGACUCCGGUUCAGGAUGGCCUGCAUUUUCGAACGUGAUGGACGAAAAAGCAGUCCGCUUGAGAAAGGACACUUCUGGAGUUGGAGCCAACUUGCUGCUGCUCUUAAAAAAUCCAUCAGGAAUCAUUCGAACCGAAGUAACGUGUACCGCAUGUCAUGCACAUUUGGGACACGUUUUUGAUGAUGGCCCGCAACCGACGGGUAAGCGAUACUGCGUCAACAGUGCCGCUCUGUCCUUCGAAUCGAAACCGGAGCUGGCUUCUGUCGCCCUGGUUGAUGACAAGCCUGCUGAGUUCAAUGGCUGCGCUUUGGAUGAUGUCGAUGAUUGUAAGCCGGUAGAGUCGCCGACGGAGCAAACCAGCCCGACUGUUAGAGAAUCUGCACAAGAAGCUCGGAAAAGGUAUCUUGCCGAUCUUGAGGCAAGCCAAUCAGCAAGCCCGUGGAACAACGAAGAGAAUCGCGUCUGCCGUCAUGGAAACAGAGGCAAAGGUGUUCCCAAGUCGUACACUUUGGAUUUCAGUCAGCUUGAAACUUCAGCAGAUUCUGGAUAUGACGAAUUUCUUAACGGAAGUCCAAGCCUUAAUCUGGUGGAAAAGAGAACCACUCAGUUGAAGAACUCAGCGGAAAAGGCUGCUGGCGGUACAUGGGAAAGUCGUCGUGAAGCGAAGUACGACUUCUGUGGCAUGGGGAAUCCGAUUACUUGGCGCUGCGACGGCCUGGUGCAACAGCGGAAGGAAAAGCUCUUCAACGCGUGUAAGACGAAUGCGUCCGUUCCGGAGACGUAGAUCCUUGCGAUGCACUACGAAUGACCCACCUGUGUCAUCGGCACAAGCGAAUUACGAAAUCGUGCAUCUACUCGAACACUCCGUGCAGUUUUUUUUUUUUUUCUAAUUCUGCCUCCUGGACGACGCUGAGGCUAAAAAUGGAGGUCGGAAAAGUCUUGCCAGUCGCAUAAUUGUACUUCAGCUUUAGUACCUGGGUAACAAAGCUAUUUGAAUCAAAACCCGCAAUCUGCCCCAUGCUGUGCAUUAGGGGCUAAUUUUCAACCUUUUUAUCUUCGAAAUCACCAUGCCGUACUACUUCUAAAAAAAACCUGUGAGUUUUUGUGAAGAAUAUAUGUUUGGGUGCUGUAAGAUGUCGUGAUUGGCUAACUGGAGUGAAUCGAAGCCUGAAAUUCUCGUGCGUCUGUUCGAAGGUAGCCGAACAAAAACGUAAAUUCAACACUAGUCCUAAUGUUUGGUGCGUUUUGUAAAUUUCUGUCGGAUUUAACGAACUGAUUAAUUUUUGAACAUUCAUUGAUGAGAGGAAUAGGUUCUAGCUUUUCACUGCUGGAUGUGAUGCAAUGCAUUUAAAGGAAUGAGUCUUUUCACCGAAAUUGUCAGGUCCUUUUUCAACUUUCGUAUCGCCGUUUAUCUGAUGAUGAGAUCUGAGCAAUUUUUCUGUCGAGCUUGGGCGCACUUCCGACUCUGGGUGAGUUUAUUCGGCACUAAAUUCAUAUCAAGAGAGGUUAAAUCAACUCUUCGAAGAGUUUGAGAGAAAGGAAUAUUUUCAAUAGAGCACAGCGAAGCAUUUUCGGAUUAUUGUGAAUAUCUUUUGUAUUUAUUUUAUUGUGGUGAAGAAACGCAAUGUGUUGUGUUAUUUUGAUUUGAUUUUUGGGCAAUACUGAGUUCCCGUUCAUCUGUGUUUUGGUUAAGGAAAGCAAGACAGCUUAUGUUUGGAACGAAAAAGUUUACCAAUCGCCUCACGGUGAAUCGCAGGCUAGGAAGUGCCAUGAGAUAUAUUUUGGUACGACCACGUUUUAGUUCUUUCACAUUCGUGUUGUAUUCAGGAUUUUUUUUUGCUUCUUGAUGCCUGCAUUUUUUUCGCAGUUCGGUUUGUUUAUGUCCUCGCCCGGUCAGACUCACUGAUUGUGAAUGAGAUAUCAAGGAAUAACAUCUUUUGCUCACGGA